AUGGACACAAUGAACCAGAACCUGCGGCACAUCGUCGGCGACCGCCACCCGAUGCUGCUUGCAGCGGCGGACCAGAUUUUCGGGGCGGGCGGCAAGAAGCUGCGGCCCAUGGUUGUGCUGCUCAUGGCGCGUGCCACUGCGGAGAUGGCGGGCCUCAGCAACAUUGUCGCGUAUCACCGGCGCCUGGCGGAGAUCAUUGAGAUGAUCCACACUGCCAGCCUCGUGCACGAUGAUGUGCUCGACGACUGCAGCACGCGGCGGGGCAAGGACACGGUCAACACGCUGUAUGGCACGCGUGUGGCCGUGCUGGUGGGUGACUUCCUUUUUGCCCAGUCUUCCUGGUACCUUGCCAACCUUGACAAUUUGGAGGUCAUCAAGCUCAUCAGCCAGGUCAUCGCGGACUUCGCCAACGGUGAGAUCAGCCAGGCCGCCUCCCUGUUCGACACUGAGAUCACACUGGACACGUACUUGGAUAAGUCGUUCUACAAGACUGCAUCCCUCAUCGCGGCCAGCUGCCGCAGCAGCGCCGUGUUCAGCGGCAUGAGCCCGGAGGUGAAGGAAGCGAUGUACGACUAUGGCAAGCACCUGGGCCUGGCAUUCCAGGUUGUAGAUGAUAUCCUGGAUUUCACUCAGACCAGCGAGCAGCUGGGCAAGCCACAGGGCCAGGACCUGGCCAGCGGGAACCUCACGGCGCCCGUCAUCUUUGCGCUGCGGAACUCGCCGGAGCUGGUGCGCACUCAGCUCAGAUACCUACAUUUGGUUUAG